AUGGCAAUAAAUGCAAACUGCCUUCAGCACAACGUUAGACGAUUCGAGCUUUUCAGCAGAAUCGAGCAAUACAAUCCUGAUAUAGUUUUAAUUUCAGAAACCAAGCUCACCAAAAAUCACUACAUACAGUCUCAUGACUACACGGUCAUCAGGACUGAUCGUCCUAAUUCUAAACAAGGAGGAGGUACGGCGAUAAUGAUUAAAAACAAUAUUAAACAUCAAAUUAUCAAAUAUCCUACAUCUGAAAAAAAUGAACUACUUGAAUUCACCAUAGUCCAACUGCUCCCGAGUCAACAUUUAGAAAAGAAAACAUUUAUCAUCAGUGCCUACGCCACAAAUUCUAACAGAAAGAUAUUCAUUCAAGAGCUAAAUGAUGUCCUUCAACGACUAAAUUUACACAAUCAAAAUCACUUCUUCAUCCUAGCGGGAGAUCUUAAUGCUCGUAGGAAGGAAUGGGGUGAUUCAAAAGACAAUCAAAGAGGUAAAUAUUUAAGAACCUGGGAAGAAGAAUCUGCAGACAAAUUUGGAGCAUCAAUCUACACCACUGAUGAACCCUCAUUUACAGCGGGGACUUUUUUAGACGUAUGUAUUACCAACAUCACACUCUCAAGUCUCACUGCAAACAACAAAAUCACAACUGCUGACUAUGAUAGUGACCACCGAGCACUACUGUUCUCUGCAAUCCUCCCCAGUGAGUUACAAAAAGAGACUGUAAUACAAUCCCCGAGACGAAACCUCCGGGCUAUUAAAUGGAAGAAAUUUGGAAAAGUUCUAGAUGAUGAAUACAAACAAGAUCUCCCCGAUAAUAGAAACCUUUCAAUUCAAGAAAUUGACGAAGGUAUACAAAAAAUAACGUCAGCCAUAGCUACCACUAUGUCAAAAACUGCUCCCGUAGUUAAAAGAGAUGAGGGAAUCCUGAAAUACCUCAACUCCAGAAUAAAAAAACUGCAAAAAAACAAAACAGAGUCUAUCAAACUGCUGCACAUGCUAUCAAAGUCUACAAACCCACACAAGCAAGUAGCAAUAACAAAACUAAAGAGCACUAUUAAUCUCAUCAAAGCUGAGCUCAGAAUAGAGUUCAACAAAGCAGUUGAAGAAUACUGGAGAGGCCAGAUCAAGCAAAUCAACCACAAGGACCCAACAGCAUUCUUUCCAAAAAUAAAUAAACUGCUGCGAAAGAAAAAUCUAAUCUCAAUAGCUGACCAAAAAAUCAACAACGAUGACCCUGCAUGUCUCAAUGGAUCAAUUGACAUCUCGAAAGCUACACCUGUGGACAACGAACUAAUAAUCACGGAUCCAACUGAUAAACUGAAUGUCAUUGGAGACUUUUAUCAAUCGAUAAAUGCUCCAAGAUAUUUAAAUACUGGUACCAGGCUAAAAGAAAUAGUGGACAGCAAAGCGUCAGCAGCCAAAGAACUACUUAAAACAAGAAGAGAUGUUAGUAUCACAAUCACUAACUUCUCAAGUGAAAAUAGUGCCAUCAACCCAACACAUUCGGGCUUUAUUAUUCCAAAUGUACUUAACAACACUAAAAAAGACGCUCCAGAUGAACAUAAGAAGGAACAGCCAUUUAUAAACAUUACACAGACUUUCAGUGUAUGGGACGGCGUAAACACAUCAAAAAAGAGCUACAAAAUUUUAGAAGGGCUUCAACAGGGAACUGUUAAUUCCCCACUACUUUUUAACAUCUACACAAUGGCUCUGCUUCAAUCAUUUGGCCUGAACAAGUCUGAAAAUCUGUUUGCAGUCGCAUAUGCUGAUGAUAUAAUCACAGGAAUAGUUGGUAAAAACCCAGCAAAACUUCAAGAAGACCUCGAGACACUGGUCAAUAAAAUUAACAAUUAUUAUAAAACAUGGAACCUACGUAUGAAUCCUGAAAAAUGUGAAACGGCCGUCUUCAGAAGAGAGUCCAACCAUCUCAGCAAAAAAGCACUUUCACAAAUCGACGAAUUUAAAAUAAAGAGCAAAAAUUAUCUGCUACUUACUACUCGUCAGACCAAUAUUAACAUAUGCAACCCCAAUCUGGUGGAAUACCAGCGCAGCUGUUAUGGAAAACUACAGGGUCUUCGAGAGGAAAUGUCUCAGGGCAUGCAUUGGUACCUACAGAUCAGCAGCUUCUAG